AUGGCAAAUGUUGUUUGCCGGCAUCCCCCUUUCCUCCUUCCUUCACUUGCGAUGAACCUACAGCGAAUAGGAUACAGUUCUUGUCUUACCUACCGAGCAUGGACGCGUCUUCCUCCAGUAUCUUUGCCGUAUACCCAAUACCGGACAAUUGUCCGUACCUCGGUUGCAAAGAAGCGAAAGGCCUCCAUGAAACAAGCCCAGAAGGACUAUGAAGCAAAAGCAAGAGAACAGCAGAACGACCCGGAAUCUGCCAUCAAUGAACUCGAAAAACUGCGCAUCUUUUCCGCCAUGAAUCCCCAGUUUGAUCCUUGGGCACUCGACGCACCAACUCUCGAUGUCAUGAUACCAUACCGCUUCGCACCAUGGCGGCCAGAAUACAAGAAGAAUCCACUGGAAGCGGGACGGCAAUGGUUCAGCAAUGUGGAGAACAAAGUCAAGAACAUCCUUUGCAUGUGGCAACUAGCUACACACGACAGUUUCCCAGGCCGGGACAUUUCCGCAAAGAACCUAUUUGAAAAAUUCAUCUCCUGGCCGCUACAAUCCCUCAAAUGCACUUCAACUGCCCCAGGCGAUUGGGUCGGCCCUCUGCGUCAGAUUGCGCUGCAGACGUACAAAGAUCUCAAUGCCGCCACUGCCAAGCGGGACAUCAAGCGUGUCAAGCAACUUGCAAAUAUCAAGUAUCGCGAUGACGUUAUGUCACGCAUGAAUAAAGCAGACCCCAAACUCACAUACAUCUGGCGUUUCCACAAAGAACUGGCUCCUAUCAAGAUCAUAUCUAUACGCUGUACAGAGGGUCAUCUGGGGGCAACUCCUCCCGCGUUUGGGAACCGAUUGGUCGUACAAGCUCUCGUGAGGCUCGAGACUGAGCAGAGCCUUGAAAUCUAUAAUCAAAAAGGUCUGGCAGUACACCCGCCAGCAGACGGUACGGUGGCCUCUCCGAUCGGCGGUACGUCGGUACCCGCAAAACCUCGACGCGUAGUAGAGUACCUCACCAUUGAAAAGAAGAUGUACUAUGACACUCCUUGGUACUUUAGAGAUCAACUAUGGCCGGCACCUGGCGGGAAGGUAGCCAUAGCGUAA